GGUGUCUGAAGGAGUAGUCGCUUUUCUAACCAAAAAAUUUUUUGAUCUGUCAGUUUGUUGGUGAUCGAACACAAUUAAUUUCCCGAUGGAAAAAUGAAGAAGGAACGCACCGCCGAUAACUCUCGGCCCUUUAAAUUAGCCCACCAGAUCGUCUCGCUGACAGGAAUUUCAUUCCAACGUAAAAGCAUAAUCGGUUUCGUGGAAUUAACAAUCGUUCCGCUACGAGAUCGCCUCCUGAAGAUCCGUCUGAACGCACGACAAUGCCGAAUCUACCGAGUGUCCCUGAACGACACCCUGGAGGCGCCAUUCCAGUACUUCGAUCCAUUCCUGGAUAUCUGCCAGGGUGAUGAGAAGCAGCGAUCCCUGGAUUUUUUCUCAACGAUGCACCUGGCAGCAGCCCAGAAGGUCGACCCAGAUAACAACUCCGGGGAGCUUCUGAUAACGAUGCCAGAAGGUGCUGACAGCCUCAUCCAGAUAAACCAGAAGCUGAGAAUAGGAAUUGAAUUUUCCCUGGAGCAACCCCAGGGUGGUGUUCACUUUGUGGUACCCAAUUGCGAGGGCACCCUAGCGGAAAGAGGAGCCCAUAUGUACACAUACAGCUACGAGAAUUCAUCGAGACUCUGGUUCCCCUGCAUUGACAGCUUCGCCGAGCCCUGCACCUGGAAGCUGGAGUUCACAGUAGACGAGACAAUGACUGCAGUGUCCUGUGGAGACCUGGUGGAAGUGGUUUACACCCCAGACAUGAGGAGAAAGACUUUUCACUAUGUUCUGAAUACUCCAGCCUGUGCCCCCAACAUCGCCCUGGCAGUUGGACCCUUUGAGAUAUUCGUGGAUCCCUACAUGCAUGAGGUGACGCACUUCUGUCUCCCCCAGCUGUUGCCCUCCCUCAAGGUCUCAGCGAAAUACAUGCAUGAGGCCUUUGAAUUCUACGAGGAAACAUUGUCGAAUCGAUACCCAUAUUCCUGUUACAAACAGGUGUUUGUGGAUGAGAUUGAUGAGGACAUCAAUGCCUACGCCACAAUGUCCAUUCUCAAUACGAAUUUACUCCAUUCAACUGCGAUAAUCGAUCAGGUUUACAUAACGAAGAAAGCGAUGGCUCAGGCUAUAGCUGAACAAUUCUUCGGGUGCUUCAUUUCCAUGCAGAACUGGUCUGACACUUGGCUGCCCAAGGGAAUAUCAACUUAUCUCACUGGUCUCUACGCGAAAAAGUGCUUCGGCAAUAAUGAAUAUCGGCAGUGGAUUCAGGCUGAACUCCAGGAAGUCGUUAAAUACGAGGAGCAGUUCGGGGGAAUUAUUUUGGAUUCUUCACAACCUCCUGCACCUCUUCCCAUCGCUGCUAAUACUCCAGCACCUGCUCCUCGCACGCCUGAUCCGGGAUUUUAUUUUCCCAUUCGGAAUCUUCACACCAUGUCCCCGAAGUACCUCGAGGUCCUCAGGAAGAAAGCGCAUUUGGUCAUCAGAAUGCUGGAGCACAGAAUUGGACAGGAACUGCUUCUCCAGGUAUUCAAUAAACAGCUGUCUCUGGCAGCGAAUGCAGCCCAACAGAAGAUCGACUCAGGUCUGUGGACUCACAUGUUGAUCAGCACAAAUGUCUUCACGAAGGCGAUCUUCACGGUGACAGGUAAGGACAUGGCGGUUUUCAUCGAUCAGUGGGUGCGUACUGGAGGGCACGCCAAGUUUUCCCUGAGCUUCGUUUUUAACAGAAAGAGAAACACAGUUGAGCUUGAGAUUCGCCAAGACACAUCAAGCUCAAAAGGCAUCAGGAAAUACGUGGGGCCUUUACUGGUGAACAUCCAGGAGCUGGACGGCACCUUCAAGCAUACCCUCCAGAUCGAGGGAACCGUCGCCAAGGCUGAUAUCACGUGCCACAGCAAAUCCCGGAGAAACAAGAAGAAGAAAAUUCCACUGUGCACUGGGGAGGAGGUGGACAUGGACCUCUCAGCCAUGGACGACUCACCAGUCUUGUGGAUCCGCCUAGACCCUGAUAUCAUUUUGAUGCGUUCUGUAGUGAUAGAGCAGCCGGAUUACCAGUGGCAGUAUCAAUUGCGCCACGAAAGAGACGUGACUGCGCAGUUGGAAGCCAUCGAGGCUCUUCAGCAUCACUCCACACCAGCUACAAGACUAGCACUCACUGACACAAUCGAGAACGAGCACUGCUAUUAUAAAGUCCGGCUCAGAGCCGCCCACUGUCUCACCAAGGUCGCCAACGCCAUGGUGGGCACCUGGGCAGGACCUCCAGCCAUGCUAGCCAUCUUCAGAAAACUCUACGGCUCGGCCUCCUGCAGAAGAAUAAUCAAGCAGAACAAUUUCACGAAUUUUCAGCAUUAUUUUCUGCAGAAGACUAUCCCUGUCGCCAUGGCAGGCCUCAGGAACGCCCAUGGAAUCUGUCAACCUGAGGUUCUUGCUUUUCUUAUGGAUCUGUUCAAAUACAACGACAACAGCAAGAACAGAUACUCAGACAACUACUACAGAGCCGCCCUGAUCGAGGCCCUUGGCGCUACCGUCACCCCCGUAAUCAGUGUCCAACAUGGUGCCUCGAUAACAGCCGAUUCGCUAUCAAUAGACACUAAAGCAAUUCUAGAAGAGGUGACGAGGAAUUUAAAUCUCGAGAAGCUUCUCCCCUGCUACAAGUACACGGUGAGUGUUACUUGUCUCAGGGUGAUCAGGAUUCUCCAGAAAUUCGGUCACCUUCCGAGCAAUCCGAACCUCUUCAAGGCCUACGCGGCCUAUGGGCAAUUCAUCGACGUUAGAAUCGCCGCCCUGGAGGCCUUAAUCGAUUUCACAAAGGUCGACGGCAAGUGGGAGGACCUAGAGUUUCUUCUAGACAUGGCAGAGAUGGAUCCACAUCCUGGGAUCAGGCACAAACUCGUCAGGCUAAUGGUGGAGAAUCCGCCGUUCGAGAGGGCCCACAGGCACAGGCUCGACACACCUGAUCUGGUGGACAGAAUUUGGAAUUUAAUGAAUGGAAUGCUGUCCCAUGACUCCAAACUCAGGUGUGACUUUGUCGAUCUUUAUUAUACCCUUUAUGGUACUAAGAGGCCCAAUUGCCUGCCCAUACCUGAAUUGGCGGGGAUUUUAAAGCCGAAAAGGGCGCCAAGUGCCGAGAGAGAGGAGAAAUUGAUGAAGAACGCGAUGUAUCAGAAGAAUGAUAUCGUGAACGUGGAUGUAACUCCUGUUGUCAAACGCAAGGCCUCACCCACAAGGGAUGGAGAUAAUGGGCCCGAUGGGCUUGAGAAUGGGCCAGUUGUGAAGAAAGCCAAGGCCCAGGGGGCGCCUGAGGUCAGAGCGGGGCCUCAAGCGCCACCUGGAGAGGGCAAGGUCAAGACAGAGUAUUAUUCUGAUAAUUCGGCAUCACUUCCGGGCCUCAUGGGUAUGGGCAGUCAGGGCCCCGUUGGUUUCGAGCCUGGGAUGUUUAAGAAGGAGGAGGAGGCGAAGGGCAAGGGCGAGGCGGGGGCCAAGGGCAAGAAGAAGAAGAAGGAUAAGAAAAAACAUAAGCAUAAGCAUAAACAUAAACAUGAUCAUAAGCAUGGGAAGGAGAAGGAGAAAGAGAAGAAGGAGAAGGGGAAGGAGAAAGGCAAGGACAAGGACAAAGAGAAGGAUGCGUUCAAGGUCAAGGAGGAGACGCUUAGCUCUGUCAGCUCUAGUCCAAGCCCUGAGCCUGGGGGCAACAAAGAUUAUGGGACUAUGUAAAGAGGAAUAAUGCCCGUGGUCUGAUAUUUGUACAUAGUGAUGAAUAAGAUUUUAUGAUAAUUAGGUUUCAAUCAGGAUAAAUUUUUCAUCUUCAAUGUUCGAUUGAUUUUCGAUGGAUCUUAUCGAAUUGUCGAGAUAAAUCUUCAGAUGAGGAAGAAGUAAAUUAAUUAGAAUAAAUUAUUU